UAGCAACGUUGAAUAUGGCGGAUAUUUGAAGACGCUUACAAGAAGUGCUUGUUUAUUCUUUGUAAUAGAGGUUAAAAUAUAUUUCUUUGGAAUAAAUAAUAGACAAACAAAAUGGCCUCUGCAAGUUCUACAGCAGAGGCUCGAGAAAGAUAUGAAUUAAAGCAGAGAGCAGUAAAGUACUACGAUCAAAAUGGUGUACCAAAGAAAAUGGAAGAUGUGUUAAAUUCUAUGUUCUACGACAACCCAGACGAUGUUUACGGGCAUUUGGCAAACUAUUUUGCAGAAUUUGCAAAGACACCUCUCAUAUCACAGGUAUCAGCAAGACAGGGAUUUGAUAGCAAAGGACAGACAACUAUUCAAGCAGACAUGUAUUGCACAUUAAGAAAUAAUAAAAAGCUUGCAGCAACAGUUUUGAAUUCAUCUACAAACAGUUCCUUACCCGAGAACACAAAGCCCGAGGAUCGGGAGGAGGACGACAAGUCUAGAGAGGCCAGUGUAGAGGCAGCCAUAGCUCUCCUUAACGGAGACAUCAACAACAGACUGCAGGGAGUGGACCCGGCCCUGCAAUCAGACGUAGACAAUAUACUAAUGAAGCUCUAUGAAGAACUAAAGGCUGAAGAGGAGGAGAGGUUGGCCAAGGAGGCAGCAGAGCUAGCGGCCUCAGGAGGGGACAGGGCCACUCCCGUCAAAGAGGAGGAUACAGCUAGCACAAGUGGCAAGAAGGGAGGAAAAUCAUCAGCAAAGAAUAACCCUGUUCCCAGUAAGAAGAAGGGAAAAAGUGCCCCAGUUGUAGUGAUUCCAGAUGAACCAAAAGAAAAACUACUUCCCGGUGCUAGCUCCUUGUGUGUAGCGAGCCGAGCGGCCUGUACAGCCGCCGCCACAGUCAGGGAUGUCCCCGUGUAUCAGCAUAUAGCUGCCCUCAGAUUUGGAGAGAUUCCCAAGGACAUGCGAAUUCCCAUUCCAAUGGUAACCAUUAUUCAGAGUGGUAGGUCAGCUCCAGGGAAACUAAACUGUGUCAAAGAAUUCAUGGUAGUCCCCAAACCUGGAAUGCCUAUUUCUGAGAGUCUUAGGUACUGUCAGAAAAUCUACAGCUAUGUGGCUAAAAAUUUUGUGAACAAAAGUGGGAUGGCUGCUCAGUAUGGUAAUGACAUUGGGGCCCUGUGUCCUUCCUACGACAAGCCUGAACAAGGAUUAGACAUCCUACAGGAUGCCAUCACCAGCCUAGAACUGACCCCGGGGGAGGAUUUCUUCAUAGCGCUCAACCUUGCCGGCAAGGAAAUAUUUGACUACGAUCCCUCUUUACCAGCCAAAUCCGAUUUCCCUGGCCAGGGUAUGCACAAGGAGAAAGGUAAAUAUGAGGUGAUGGGGGGACAACAGAAGGUCCCCGAGGAUAUGGUAGAGUUCUGGGCGGAGCUACUCGGUCGCUACCCAUCAGUCAUUGCCAUCAUCGACCCACUGAGGAAACAGGAGAAGGAACACUGGAUGAGACUGUGCGAGAGGAUCAGUGAUCAGUGUUAUGUGAUGGGUAACCACACCUACCCCCGCCCCGCCAAACUAAUGGAGGAGGAGCUCACAGAAGAAUUCAAAACCAGCGGCAUCAUUCUCAAGAUGGACCAGUUAAACACAGUGACAGAUAUCCUGGAUUGUGCAAAGAAAAUGGAGGAUGCUGAGAACCAAAUUGUGCUGACUACAUGCUAUGGAGAGACGACCGACACAUUCCUAGCAGAUAUGGCUGUUGGCAUGAAUGCAAGAUUUUUCAAAAUUAAUGGUGCUGUUGGCAUGAGGGGUGAGAGAAUAGCCCUGUUCAACAGACUAAUACAAAUUGAGAGCCAGCUAAAAUCAGAGGGUAAACUUGCAUGUCAUGGGGAGAAUGUUUUCCCUCACAUCGCACCCCCACCCAUCCCGGAACCAGAGGAGGGGGAGGAGGCACAAGAGGAGGAGAAAAAGGAUGAUAAAAGCAAAAAGAAAUAGGUUACCAUGUGAUGCUAAAUCUGGACUUUUGAUGUUCAUAUCUGGACUUUUAUUGUUGAAAUCUGGAUUCUUGAUGUUGAAAUCUGGACUCUCUUUUAUGAAAUCUGGACUUUUGGUGAUGUCUGGGUUUUUUUGAUUAAAACAUGGACUUAUGAUGUUGAUAUCCUGGACUUUCAUCAUUAAAAUCUGGACUUUCGAUGUUGAUAUCUAGAACUUCGUUUUUGAAAUCUGGACUUUGAUAUUGAAUUCGGGACUUUCAUUAUGGAAAUCUGGAUCCAGGACUUUUGUUAUUGAAAUUUGGACUUUUAAUGUCGAUAUCCUGGACUUUCAUCAUUGAAAUCUAGACAUGUUGACCAUACAAAAGUUGUGAAAAUGCUUACCUAUAAGGGGACAAUUCUGAUAUUACAAGUUACAAUGCUGAAAUGAAAAUUGGUUCUCAGAAUUACAUGUCAUUUAUUUACAAUGUUCUGUGAUAUUUGUCAUUUAUGUGUAUCUCUUUCAGAGUAAAUGCAACUACAUGUACAAAUAUUUAUUUAAUUGGAUUGUAAUAAAAUGAUCAUUUCAUAUACACUGA